GGAGCCGCUCCCCCCUUCCCCACCCCCCACCCCCCGGCCUCCUCCCCCGCCUGUCCAGGGGCGGCACUGCGGGCUGGGAAGCCGGGACCAGAGGAGGGAAGGAAAGAAGGAAGGAAGGAAGGAAGGAAAGAAGGAAGGAAGGAAAGAAGGAAGGAAGAAGGAAGAGAGGAGAAGAGAAAAGAAGAGAAGAGAGAAGAGAAGAGAAGAAGGAAGGAAAAGAAGAGGCGUCCAGAGGAGGAGAGGAGGAAAGGCAGGGCAGGCAGGAGAAGAGAGGACGGCACUCCAGCGGCAGCAUCCAAAGGCCAGAGUGGGGACCCGUGCUGCCUCCGCCGCUCCUCGGAUGGUGACGGGGCCCCGCCGCGGCCGCAGCCCCCCCCGCGCCCCGGCUCCGCAGGCCCGCAGCGCCGGAGCCCCGCAGGAAUCAUGCCCAGGUCCUUCCUGGUCAAGAAGGUCAAACUUGACACGUUCUCCUCGGCGGACCUCGAGAGCUCCUACGGGCGCGCCCGCAGCGACCUCGGAGUGCGACUGCACGAGAAAGGAUACCUCAGCGACUACGCGGGGCCCGCCUCCGUCUACGAUGGCGAUGCCGAGGCGGCCUUGCUCAAAGGGCCGUCCCCAGAGCCCAUGUACGCGGCGGCCGUGCGUGGAGAACUGGGCCCGGCGGCCGCGGGCUCGGCACCGCCUCCCACCCCGCGCCCAGAGCUGGCCACAGCCGCGGGCGGCUACAUCAACGGCGACGCGGCGGUCAGCGAGGGCUACGCGGCUGACGCCUUCUUCAUCACCGACGGGCGCUCGCGCCGUAAAGCAGCCAACGCCGCCGCUCCCUCCACGGCCUCCGCGGCGGCUCCCGACGGCGACGGCGGAGGCGGGGCCGGGGCGGGCGCGCGCGGCGCGGGGGCCGGGGCCGCGGGCCGGGGCGGCGCGCGCGCGGGGGUGAGCACGGAGGCGCGCGCGGGGCCCGGGGCCGGCGGCGCAGGGGGCCGGCACGCGUGCGGCGAGUGCGGGAAAACGUACGCCACGUCGUCGAACCUGAGCCGCCACAAGCAGACGCACCGCAGCCUGGACAGUCAGCUGGCGCGGCGCUGCCCGACGUGCGGCAAGGUGUACGUGUCCAUGCCGGCCAUGGCCAUGCACCUGCUCACGCACGACCUGCGCCACAAGUGCGGCGUGUGCGGCAAGGCCUUCUCGAGGCCCUGGCUGCUGCAGGGCCACAUGCGCUCCCACACCGGCGAGAAGCCCUUCGGCUGCGCGCACUGCGGCAAGGCCUUCGCAGACCGCUCCAACCUGCGCGCGCACAUGCAGACGCACUCGGCCUUCAAGCACUUCCAGUGCAAGCGCUGCAAAAAGAGCUUCGCGCUCAAGUCCUAUCUCAACAAGCACUACGAGUCCGCAUGCUUCAAGGGCGGCGCGGGCGGGGGCGGCCCCGCGGCCCAGGCGCCCGCCGCCUCGCCGCAGCUCAGCCCCGUGCAGGCCUAGGGCGGCGGUGCCUCCGCCAGCCCAGCCGGGGCGGCUCUCAGCAAUACGGGCCCCCAGGGAAGUCUCCGCCAGCGCCCGGGCGG